AUGAAGAACUGGAAGGUACAAGCAAAGACUAAUAAGCCUAAUAAGACCCCAAAACGAACUAGGUCCCUCUUUCGGCCAAUUACGGCCCUAGCUGUCUUAGCCGUUCUUAUCGCCAUUUAUUUAGCCGGCGGUGCCAAAGUAAUAGGCGACCGUUUAGCUGCCAUUGUCUGGGUGCGUAAGAUGCAAAGCUCUCCCUACUGGUCAGGAGCUGUUCGUUGUACUUCCGUUGUUAUCCAACACUUAAGAGCUCUUUGGCAAUAUCUUAAGCAAAUGUUAUGCAGUGUAGUAGAAAGAGUGCCGGUUUUGAAGAACGGUUUAGCGAAGAUGUGCUGUCUGAGCAAAUGUCUUUCGGCAUGGAUUCACCAAAACAUCUGCCAGCGCAUAUCAGCUGUUAUAUCCUGUGGAAAGUCAAUGGCUGAUAAGGCGCAGGAACGAGUUAAGUCGGUUAAACAGUCUUUAUAG